UUGCGUGCUUACCCUUUAAAACCGUUUGGAAAUUUUAUUUUUCUUUAAAUUUAAAGGUUAUUCCAAUUUCAUUAAAAAAUUCUUAUUUUAAAUUAGCUUUUUAUAGUUUUAAUUAAUAAUCUGUGUCUAAUAUUUUAAUUACAAUUCACUCUAUAUUUUGCAAGGUUAAAAGUGUUGAAGUAUCAAGUAAAUAAACGUCACAUUGUAUAUUCUUGUAUCUUUUUUACUGAAGAGUGGUUUUAAUUACUUUAAUAAUGCCGUAAUGCUAAUGCCAGCUUAGCAAUGGAUCCUCCAAGCCCAACAAAAAAAAUCAAAAGCCCAAUAAUAGGGACAUUAAUGAACGCCAAAACUUCUGUAACCUGUACGGUUGUACCAGAUGGCCUUUUUGAUGCUACAGCGGCAAAAAAACAUUUUAGCAAAUUUGGUCGCGUUCAAAAGAUACGUUUAUUCCCAAAGAAACAGAUGUGUAUUAUAGAAUAUGAUCAGCCAAUCUCCACAGAACGGGCUUUGCUUAAUGCAGGUGCAUAUGAUGGCCACAUGUUUGAUGUGACACGAACUAAGGCUAGAGUAAGACGUAAAAGUAAGAAGGAUGAUGACCCUGAUUGGUUGCCUGAUUCUGAUGUGGAAGAGGAAUUGGCUGCCAUGGGGGGAGCUCCAGUUUACAGAGUCCCUAGACAAAAACUUAUGGAAGUAGAAAGUCAAGUAAUAAAACCUAAACGAGCUACUAUAAAAAUAAACCCAGUACCAGCAAAAUUUGCAACUGUAAGAAAGAUAAUACCAGUUAGAGAAAAACCUCCAGUUACACAGACAGUAGUCAGUGGUGUGGAGUCACCAGUGUUGGUGCCAGCGACACAGACAAGCAUGAGCACAAUAGAUGCAGCGGCUGAGUUGUAUCAGCUUCGGUCUAAAAUAGCUUCUACUCCUGAUGAACAGUGGAGAAUAUUGGAUGCUAGAGACAGGAUUUUAAGAGCAUGGGGAGGUGCAGGCUCGCGCGUCAAAGUUGGAGGUGCUACCAUUGGAACAUGUCCAGAUAUGUGUCCUGAGAAAGAAUUGCUACACAGGCAAGCCGAGCAUCAGGUAAUGACCCUAGAGUCGGUGCCUGGCUCUGAUGGACAGCUGGAACCACUACGUGCUGUGAAAGAGUACAGCCGAAGUUCCGCCGACCAGGAAAUACCAAUGUGUUAUGAACUGCGACCUGCCCCUGUACUCAUGCGCACUUGUGCAUACCUGUUGCAUGAAGUAGCUGAUACCAAACGUCAAGUUACAUUGGCUGAUUGGUUCCAUUUUAUGUGGGAUCGAUUUCGUGGUAUUCGAAAAGAUAUAACACAACAGGCUUUGUGUUGUUCAGACUCAAUACAGUUAGUAGAAAUGUGCGCCCGUUUUCAUGCUCAUUGUGGGGCUCGCCUCGCUGACUUGGAACACACUCAAUUUGACCAAAAGUUGAACACAGAUAACCUUACCAAGUGCCUACAAACCCUUAAGCACAUGUACACUGACGUUGGACCUGAGCAAAAGCCGAGAGAAGCGGAAUUCAGAGGAUACAUAGCUUUGCUCAAUCUCGGAGAUGCAAAUUUUUGGUGGGAGAUUAAGCAAUUGCCACAAGAAAUACAAAAAUCUAAAGACAUUGUAUUUGCAAUUAGAAUAUUCAAUGCUUUAGAUAACAAUAAUUAUGUAAAGUUUUUCCGUCUUAUAAGACUGCAGGCGACAUAUUUGCAAGCUUGUAUUCUUUUACGGUAUUUUAACGAUGUUCGAGCCCGGGCGCUUGCUAGAAUAGUAAAAGCCUAUGCACCUAGAGGUGGCUCUCGUUAUCCUGCACAAGAUUUAAUCGACGCACUGGCUUUCGAGUCUGUUGAAAAUAUGAAAUCUUUUAUCAAUCAUUACGGUUUAAGGUUUGCCAAAGAUGAGCAUGAACUUUCUGUUAUUCUGGAUAGAAAUCAAUUCAUAGACGACAGCGAACCUUAUCCUAUAUCAAGAGCUAUAAAUCUUAUUGAGUCCAAACGGGAACGUUCAGUUGGCGAGGUAAUAGCAGGUGGAAUGUUACCACAAUUCGAAUUUGGUACACACAAUCUUCAUUCCAGUUUCACUAGCGAUGGUAAAUUAAAAGAAUCUGCCCUAACUGCUGAGGAUUAUAAAUACAACACGGUAAAUGAUAGCAAUAAAGAUGUUCAAGUUCUUAAAGCUGAAAUUCAGAGACUAUCACAAAACUAUCGUGGAUAUUCAGAAAAAGUAUCAGAAAAAUGUGAUAAUAGUACUAAACCAGAAAUAAUACUUAAUAAUAAUAUUGGUAGUAAGGAUACUACUGAUAAUGAGGAUAAUCUAUGUAAAAAUGUAUUUUUAUUCAAACCAGCGAUUCCAAUCGCAUCAUUAGAAAGUAUUGGAAACUCAAUAAAGUCAGAUAUUGUAAGUAGUGAUAAAAGUAAAUUCGUAUUUUCUCCACCUCAAGAGCCCUUACGUCCCAAAUUGGAUAAAAAUUCAAAUAAACAGGCAUACAAUUGGCUCAGUAAACCAGGAACAGAUAAAACAGAUUCAAUCAAAUCUGUAUUUGGUUCAUCUGAUUUACAACCUAAAAGAAUUGCAAAUAUAUUUACCAGAGGAAAAGAUGAAUUAAUGUUUGCUAAACCUGAUAGUACUGUAAAAUCUGGAAAUAUUGGUAAUAUAUUUAAUAAACCGGCUGCAGCACAAAAGAAUGAUAUACUUAAUCCAUCAAAUGUAUUUGGUAAUUUAGGUAAAACAAUUUCAUCGAAUCCGAAAACAAAUAUUUUUUCAAAACCUUAUAACAGUGAAAAUAAAACGGAUAUUGCUUUUAACAAAAUGUCACCGGGCAGUUUAUUCAAAAGUGCAUGUAAACCAUUGAAUGAAGGCACUGAAAGUAAACCAUUGAACGGCGAAGAACCCAAGGCAUACUCAAUAUUUCAAAGCAAAAAUAAAGAUAAUUCUGUUGCAGCUAACAUAUUUAAAUCUGUGAAUACAUCUACAUUGAAUAACGUUUACGAUUUUAAUCAGUAUGAUGAGUCGCAAAAAAUGGAAGAACAUCUCAAAGUUGAAGAAAAUAUUAAAAAAGUGGAAAGGCAAUUACAAGAAAAAAUUAGAAAAGAAAAUGAAGAAAAGAUUCAACAAGAAAAGCGAAAAGAAGAGGAACGGAAAAAAGAAGCAGAUAGGAAACAGCAGGAAGAAAAACGAAAAAGAGAAGAGGAAAUAAAGCAAGAAGAAUUAAAGAAAAAACUAGAAGAAGAAAGAAAAGCUUCAAUAGAAGCAUCAAAGCGUUUGGAAGAAGAAAGAAUAAAGAAAUUUAAAGAAAAGGUUAAUAAAGAAUCAAUGGACUUAAUUGAAGAGCUUCUUGAUGAAAUUAACGAUGAAAGUGUUAUAAUUUUAAUUAAAGAAGAACUUGAUAAAAUGAAACACUUGAAGUCACAAGCAAACAUAGUAACAGAGGAAAUAAUCAAUGAGUUGUGUAACGAAGUUUGCCUAUCAGAAAUGACUGCUGAAAAAUUCCGAACAGAUAAAGUAAUGAGGAAAUGGUACAAUAUAUGGAGGACACGAAUUGUUAGGAAUAUAAAAAGAAGGCAUUUACUUGAAGACACGCCAGUAUGGUUGGUUGAAAAUACACCUCAUGAAAUGGCAUCCCAUUUGAGACGUAGUGUUGAAAAUGCUACUCUGAAAUAUAUGAAUGCAAUUCAUAGGGGAUACAGAUUUUGUGGUGAACUUAAUGUACCACCAGUACCUGAGUCAUAUAACAUAAUGGAAAUAAUUAAAUCUCCUUUAUUAAAGCGGAUGAAACAAAUUAGCUAUCCAUAUGAUAAAUGUUUUUUCUGGAAAGUUACGAUCAUAACACCAACACCCAACAAGUGGUUGUGUAGAAAAAUUGAUAUCGAUAAAUUUGUACUGGACGCUUUUAGCGAUAAAAUGAAUCAUGAAAUUUCCGAUACUUUAAUACAUGUUAAGAAACAGUCAUGGAAUAAUUUAAUGGAUUUUGCUAUAUCAGUUAGUUUAAUAAAUAACGAGAGAUAUCAUUGUAGUGAAGGCAUAGAAGGCACUAAUGGUUUAUUAUUUUACUUUUCUGAAUCGGAAACUAGAUUUUCAGAAAUAAUACAAGAGACAUUAAAACAUAAAUAUCCAUAUCAAGUGAUUCCUGUUACCGUAAUAUUGCCAAAAGUGAACGACGAAUUUCAUAAAGCUAUAGAAGAUUUACUUACGAGCUACCAAAAUAGCAGAGUCAUAUCGGCAUUCAAAAUUUAUAUAGUUGAUAACCAAAAUGUUUUUGAAUCUAUAAAUGUUUGUACUAAAAGUUCUUUAAAAUGGAUGGCAAAGAAAUGUCCACAAAAUCCCAUGAUCGAGAUUGACUUUCUUAAAUCCAUAUGUGAAAGAUAUCUUGGAAAUGAACUGUGGUAUAGAUUAAAAUCGGAAAGCGAUAGUCGCAUGACUAUUGUGUUGAAAGAUUUACAAAGGCUCAUUGAAUGUUACAAUGUUGCUGUAGACAAAUUAACAGAUGUUAUUACCAAUGAAGACUUAUUUAAUUAUCCUUCAUUCCCUUUGGAAUUUAAAAAGUACUUGGAAGGUCCUCUGCCUUAUCCGAAAUCUUAUGAAUUCAUCCCAAGCAAUGCAAAAACUGCAGAAAAUGUAUCGACAAUUAGAGAUUUUAUGAAACAACUAAAAUUGCCACUUCCGAACUCAGGAUUUAAUCCUUUAAAUGUACCAAAUAUGCAACAGCAAAUUAGAAAAUAUUGCAAUCAAAUCGGCUGCUUUGAAAAUCCUGAACAAGUUGUAUGUAAAGUUGUUGCAGUUUUGCCAAAUGAAUUUUCAGAUUUGAGUAUGCCUAGGGAAGAGUUUAGUCAAUAUUUUUCCCACUACGAACUGGUAGACAUUUUAAAUGUGAUAGUAUAUGAAAAAAUAAAUAGAUUAAAUAAGUUUUGCAACACAUUUGCAGUUUAUGAAAAGUCAGUAUUAGAAGAGUAUCGCAAUAUUCAUUGGUUGUAUGAAAUUGGUGUUUUAAGUAAAAUGAAACAUAAGGCUAUUGACUAUGAAGAUGACUUAGAUUUCUUUAUCGAAUCAAAACGGCGUAAAAUAGCUUUAGAUUCGAUGGAGUAUCUAAAGUUGGAAGAUAAAGAUGCCACAUUGGUUGAGGAAAAUAUAAAAAUAAACGAAGAAAAUAUAAUGAAAUAUAAUAAUUGUGAAGACGCUGUCAAACAGUUAGAAAGGCGCAUUGAAGAAGAGAAAAAGAAAUCUAUGGAAUUAGAAAAUCUGUUAACAAUUGCGCUUGCCCAAGUGUAGU